UUUCUGUUUCAGUCUCUGAUGUACAAACAUGUGAACUGAACAUGAAUUAGUUUAUGGCUGGAGCUUCAAGUCAUAGUAGUGCUUCUCUCCAGCUCCCUCCCUCACUCUGCUGCAACACUUACUCUGUGUGUUAUCUCUCAGAAUCAGCUCAGUGGUGUAGAGUAGCUGCUGGAGUUGGAGAGGAGAGAAGUGAAGCUGUAAGCUACAGUAACUCUGACUGUCUUAUGGGCUCCAGACUCUGUAAUCAGCUCUUUCAUGCAUCAUAUGUUUCAGGAGCUUUUGGAACAAAGUGGAGUGUGAAGUACAACCAACAGGAAAUCUGUGCUAUAAAAGGAUCCACAGUGUUUAUGAACGGAACUUUUACUCUCCCAGAAGGUCUCACAGUGACAGAGACUUUCUGGACUAUAGACCCAGUUCCAGGGGUGGAGCCGACUGAUCUGAGUAAAGAGCCAGAUUAUUCAGGCAGAGUCGAGUUUUUCACUGAUGAUCAGAAACACUUCUCCCUCAAACUGAGUGAUGUGAUGAAGAAGGAUGAACAUCAGUUCUGCUUCAAAAUCAAAACUAAUGUAGAAAAAGAAAGAUGGACAGGUGUUCCUGGAGUUCAGCUCAGAGUUACAGAGCUCCUUGUAGAAGCUCCUGAAGAAGUGACAGAGGGACAAACAGCAGAUCUGACAUGUAAGACCACCUGCAGUCUGACUGACCCAACAUUCAUCUGGUACAAAAAUGGACAUCCUUUAACCAAAAAGACCAUCAAGAACAACCAGCUCCACCUGCAGACGGUCAGCAGUGAGGAUGCAGGCAGUUAUAGCUGUGCUGUAGAAGGAUCUCAAGACCUCCGCUCUACUGCUCACAGCCUCAGAGUCAGAUAUCCUCCAAAGAACAUCUCAGUGUCCAUCAGUCCCUCUGGUGAAAUAGUGGAGGGCAGUUCAGUGACUCUGACCUGCAGCAGUGAUGCAAACCCACAUGAGAAGAAUAACACCUGGUUUAAGGGAUCAACACCAGUAGGAGAAGGAAAAACCUACAGCAUUCCCAACAUCAGAUCUGAGGACAGUGGAGAAUACACAUGCCAGAGUCGGAAUGAUCUUGGAGAGAGAAGAUCCACUGAUUUGCAGAUAAAUGUUCUUUAUCCUCCAAAGAACGUCUCAGUGUCCAUCAGUCCCUCUGGUGAAAUAGUGGAGGGCAGUUCAGUGACUCUGUCCUGCAGCAGUGAUGGAAACCCACCUGUGAAGAUGUACACCUGGUUUAAGGGAACAACGCCAGAAGGAGAAGGAAAAACUUACAGCAUUCCCAACAUCAGAUCUGAGCACAGUGGGGAAUACACAUGCCAGAAUCGGAAUGAUCAUGGACAGAGAAGAUCCACUGCUGUUCACUUAAAUGUUCUUUAUCCGCCAAAGAACGUCUCAGUGUCCAUCAGUCCCUCUGGUGAAAUAGUGGAGGGCAGUUCAGUGACUCUGACCUGCAGCAGUGAUGCAAACCCACCUGAGAAGAAUAACACCUGGUUUAAGGGAUCAACACCAGUAGGAGAAGGAAAAACCUACAGCAUUCCCAACAUCAGAUCUGAGGACAGUGGAGAAUACACAUGCCAGAGUCGGAAUGAUCAUGGAGAGAGAAGAUCCACUGCUGUGCAGAUAAAUGUUCUUUAUCCUCCAAAGAACGUCUCAGUGUCCAUCAGUCCCUCUGGUGAAAUAGUGGAGGGCAGUUCAGUGACUCUGACCUGCAGCAGUGAUGCAAACCCACCUGAGAAGAAUAACACCUGGUUUAAGGGAUCAACACCAGUAGGAGAAGGAAAAACCUACAGCAUUCCCAACAUCAGAUCUGAGGACAGUGGAGAAUACACAUGCCAGAGUCAGAAUGAUCUUGGAGAGAGAAUAUCCACUGCUGUGCAGAUUAAUGUUCUUUAUCCUCCAAAGAGUGUCUCAGUGUCCAUCAGUCCCUCUGGUGAAAUAGUUGAGGGCAGUUCAGUGACUCUGACCUGCAGCAGUGAUGGAAACCCACCUGUGAAGAUGUACACCUGGUUUAAGGGAUCAACACCAGUAGGAUAAGGAAAAACGUACAGCAUUCCCAACAUCAGAUCUGAGCACAGUGGAGAAUACACAUGCCAGAGUCGGAAUGAUCAUGGACAGAGAAGAUCCACUGCUGUUCACUUAAAUGUUCUUUAUCCGCCAAAGAGGGUCUCAGUGUCCAUCAGUCCCUCUGGUGAAAUAGUGGAGGGCAGUUCAGUGACUCUGACCUGCAGAAGUGAUGGAAACCCAUCUGAGAAGAAUAACACCUGGUUUCAGGGAUCAACACCAGUAGAGAAGGAAAAACCUACAGCAUUCCCAACAUCAGAUCUGAGGACAGUGGAGAAUACACAUGCCAGAGUCAGAAUGAUCUUGGAGAGAGAAGAUCCACUGCUUUGCAGAUAAAUGUUCUUUAUCCUCCUAAGAGCGUCUCAGUGUCCAUCAGUCCCUCUGGUGAAAUAGUGAAGGGCAGUUCAGUGACUCUGACCUGCAGCAGUGAUGGAAACCCACCUGUGAAGAACUACACCUGGUUUAAAGAAGGUGGACCCCCAGCUAUAGGAUCUGCCCAGAAUCACAGCAUCAUCAACAUCACUGCUGACCACACUGGACUGUACUACUGUUAAGCUCAGAAUGAUCAUGGAGCUCUGAGGUCAGCUGGAGUUCCCGUCUCUUUUAAAGGCUAACCCGUGAUUCUGUAUGUAGCUCUUGGAGUCGGACUCUGUUUUAUUUUUUUAGUCUUUCUCACUGCAGUUUUUUGGAGGUAAGAACAUCAAUGAAAGACUGUCAGGUUUCAUUAGUAGUUUAUUAAGCAAGGCCAAAUGUUCAUAUUUGAAUCAUAAGUGCUCAUAUUUAUUGAUCAGAUAAUUCCUGGCUGUUUUCUGAGAACAUAAGACAAAGGCAAGAUGGAAAUAUGGAACAACCAAUCUAUGUGGUGCGCUCUAGAUAUCAAAAUCCUUUAAUUCUGCUUCAAUAUGAAAGUGUGUACAAGGUGGCAGAUAACAGGUGUAGACUGAAAGCACUUUCUGAGGUUUAGCAUGUGUGUUUCACAGUGAAAGGCGAGAUCAGAAGCUCACAGUAGAGUAAAAGCGUAGUAUCACCACCCAAACCUUCCAGCAGGCUAACACUAUCCUCCAUGUCAGCUUCUCUUCACCUGUUUUGGCCAGUUUGUCUGUGUUGUGAUUGGCAGGUUUAAGGUGGAACAUCAGUGCAAUGUGACUCCCUGAACUCAAAAAUUAAGGUGGAGUGACACCUUAAAUAUCUUUUUUCAGAGUAGUAUUAUCCAGCUAUAUUGCACCGAUAUAAUGCUUCCCAUUGAGAGAUUGAAACUAAAUGUGGUUUAAUAUUUAAAAAUUGUAUAAUAGUGUACAGGGUGAGUCAAAAGUCAUAGGACACUGUUUUAUUUUAUCUUAUUUUUUAUGACUCUACGAUGCGGUGCAGAAGGUGGUGUUUGUUGCGCAUUUUCUCAGCAUUUGUUUGAGAUGACGCCAGGGAUAGAAGUUGAUAAUAAAAUAAAAAAUAAAAUAACCUGUCUUGUGACUUUUGACUUACCCUGUAGUUGCUAAGCCAAAGCUUUAAAGGUUUGAGUGUGUGUGAGUGAGUGUGUGUGUGUGUGUGUGUGU